UUAUUUUAUAUUGUUAUUUUUUUAUUUUAUUUGAACCGUGACAAUUUACAGUAAGUACAUUCUUUUCUUUUUUUUUUUUAUGUUUUUAUAUGUUUAUGAUUCUUAUGCUAUUAAUAAACUAUAGGUUCUUUUAUGCUUUAAAUUAUUUCUUUCUUGUCUUGUCACAUAUCAGAUGCGGUCCAAUUUUUUUACGGAUAUGGUCCAUUUUCUACUACCUAUCUUUUUUUUUCUCCUCAUUUCCAAAUGACACCAACAAUGACGAGGGAGCAAGCUCUUUGUAUGCUCUUCUGUGUAGAAUUCAGUCGUACCAAUGUGGAAAAACUCGAAGAAAAAAUCAAAACAUAUGUUAGGAUAAAAUCAUACUUUGAAUAAGCUGACUACAAUAUGAAUUAGUUUUUUUUUUUUUUAUCACAUUUAUCAGUAUCAUCCAUUUUAUUUUAUCAUUGUUUAUCAUGAUGAUUAAUCAUAAACGUCUAAAAAUAAUCUUUAGUUUUUGUAUAU